AUGCUCGGCAGUGAGCCUUCAAACCCUCCUGCGAGCUCGGGAGGCGUGGAGGGCGAGUCCGAGGGCAUCCAAUCUGCACUUACAGCCGCAGAGUCUGUAUCUUCCCUCACAACCGCACAGGAGACUUCUUCGACUACAUCUGAACUCCAACUCUCUCGCGACAUUCCCAAUCCUAGUUGCAACGUCCUUUCAUCAGGCCUGGCUGCUGCCACACAUUUAGAUGCACAUCAACCAGCGACUGAAAGACCAUUGAAGAUAACAGACGCCCUUGAAUAUCUCGACUCGAUCAAGUUGAAGUUUCAGGACAGACCGGAUCUGUAUAACAAGUUUCUCGACAUCAUGAAGGAUUUUAGGAGCCAAAUCAUCGACACUCCUGGUGUCAUUGAUCGCGUGUCAAGCUUAUUUCAUGGCCACCCUAGCCUGAUCCAAGGUUUCAACACGUUCCUUCCCGCAGGUUAUCGCAUCGACUGCAACACAGACUCUCUCGACUCGAAUGUCAUCACGGUCACUACCCCAGCGGGGACGACUACGCGGCUCACUCAUGGAUCGUUCUCGCAAGGGCCAAAUAGUCCCAGACUCCCCACUUCGCACAUUGAAGUACCGAUGCGUCAGCCUUCGCACGAUGUCAAUUAA